AUGUCCUCCCCCUUAUUCCCUGCUGCGGCGACCACCCCUUCCUCACCUGUCAAUCCUGGCACGCUGCGCGAGUCCUUGGAUGUAACCCCGCCUCUCCCUGAAGCGUCGGUUGCAUCUGAAGAAGAUGCACAACAUCCCCCCCUGCCGACGCUGUCUCUAACGUCCUCGCCUCUCGCCGCCUCCGACGGAUUCCCUCUCCCGCUGGUCCCCGACCUUGCGAAACGGGUAUGCGCCGCGCCGCCUUCCCCUUCCCUCGACGAUGGCAAACAGGCGCUACCGGUUGCCUCCAAAGAAGAUGCGGUAUCGUUAUCCCCAACGUCCUCGCCUGUCGCGAAAUCGAUACGCGCCGCGCCGCGUUCCCCUUCACUCGACCGUGCCAAACACGCGCUACCGGUUGCGUCUCGAGAAGAUGCGGAAUUGUUGUCCCCAAGGUCCUCGCCUGUCGCAAAUCCGGUUGGCACCGUGGCACAUGCUCCCUCCCCCGACAGUGGCAAAAAGGCGCCAUUUGACUUGCUUGCGCGAUUGGAAGUAUUUCGUGGAUACGCCUGCGCUGGAGGACCGUGGUUCGCGGUCAGUAUGGUUCCUCGACGGACUGACUGGGAGGUCGUGUAUGGCAACCGUCGCAUGACCGCACUCAGUUACCUCGGCAAACCCAUCGCUAUCUGGGUAGUCGGCGACCUCGUCAGCAUCAACAUCUACAUAGGCGCCCAGGUGGACAACCCUUGUGUUCGACUGUCUCUGUCCGUGAAGGACGAACGAGACCGGGUAGCCCUCACCGAUAUACGUCGUAUCGUCCACCCCGAAACUCCCUCGCACGGUGACUCGAUGUUCAAGGCAAUAUCCCUAGGAGGUGACGCGGGCAAGAAGACCUUGAAAGAGAUCUACGACGCCACCACAUCGUUUGAGUCGAGGGAUGUGAUGGCCCGUCUGGCACCUACCGCUUUAAACGUGGGAGAUGUUGUGUUGGCGGAGUGUUGGUUCGUUCGCAAGGAACUUCUCGGGGAAUGGCAGACCGCAUUUCAUCUUACGUCUAUCUCGAGGCUGCAUGAGAACGUCACCACCCAGACGUCCGGUGCGCCGCCGAGCUUUGUAUCGUUCCCUUGGAAGAUUUGA